CGGCCCAAGCAACUGACAGGCCUGCAUUGACUUCCUGGCGAAUUACUGCAACUUUGUAGCUUGAGGAGCAACUUAAGGUAAUUUCUUAUCAAAAAUACUCGCAUCAGAUGCACAUAUAUCCGUCAGCCCUAACCUAAUGACCCAGCAAGAGCAGCAUGAGUUCAGGGAAAGUUUGGCAGAAGCCCUUUCCUGGAUGCAGGCCGUCCAGGAGAGGCUUAAGCAAAACGAUAACACCCAAGGACCCAGAUCAGCGCUGGAGGUCAGGCUCCGAGAAACAGAGAAAAUUCAUAGCUCACAGCCUGAAGGCCAUGUAAAGAUGGACAGGGUGUUGGUGGCUUCUGAAGCUCUGCUUCGAAAUGGAGAUGAAGAGAUGAAGAAUCAGACUCUUUCGAAACUCAAAGAUAUAAAAGCACUCUGGGAGGAGACGUCAACCUACAUCAUUCAUUGUCACAGUCGUAUCGAGUGGGUGUGGCUGCACUGGAGUGAAUACCUGAAGGCCUAUGAGGAGUUUGAGAUGUGGCUGGAGAAGAUGCACAGGUCUCUGGAGCCUCUGCUUGAGAUGCAGCUGGGUCUCCAAGAGAAGCUGUGGCAGGUGGAUCAUCUGCGGGUCCUUCACAGUGACAUUCAAGCACAGGCUCAGUUUCUAGAGAGGCUUCUGGAUGAGGCUGCAGGCCUGUUCAACCGCACCGAAGACCCUAGCGUAGAUGAGAAGGCUCAGCUGGGUCUUCAAGAUGCCUAUGACCACAUUCGAGACCGAGCACAGGAAAGAUUAACAUUGGCACAGAAAAUAGCAGAGGAGCACCAGCAGUACCAACGUUGCGUUGAUAAAUUUCAAACCUGGCUGAUGUCUAAAACAGAAGAAGUCAGCCGUUUCAGCGACAUGGAGGAUACGACACAAAAUAGGCUGAAAGCCCUGCAGGAACUAAAUGCUAGUAUAGCCAAAGAAGAGCUCACUCUCCAGCACAUUGAAAACCUGUCUGAAGCUGUGAAGACCAACACGUCUCCAGCAGGUGCAGAGGAGAUCACAAAAGAGAUGGAGGAGUUGAGGCAGGCCUGGCAGAGGUUACGCCAAGCACUGCUGGAGAAUCAAGAAGAGCUCCAGAGCUCACUAGACUCUGAGAGCGAGUAUUCAAACCGUUGUAAGGAGCUGUGGACGGACCUGGAGCAGCUUCGAACCUUGGUCCAGAACCUCAGCAGUGAUCUGGAAAGCAGGGAUGGAGAGAGAACUGAGGAAAAUAUGGUAGCUCAAUGGAAGACGCACACGGGAGUGCGCAACAAGCUCAUUGCAGAGGAGCCCAGGGUGGAACAGCUGAAAUCCCGGUUGAAAGAGCUAUUCCGAUUCCCACAAGACUCCAAAAGCCUGUCUGAUGAGAUGCUAGCAGUGGUGAAAGAGUACCAGAGUGUGAAAGGCAGAUCUUUUAGGCUGUCCUCUGAGAGUGAGAUGGCUCUCCGGCAGAUACUGCAGGAUCCUCUGUAUGGCUUCAGCCAAUGGAGUCAGGUGGUUUCUCAGGUCCUGGAGGCCUCUGCCGAGGUGACGGAUUUCUCCCAAAUUGCUCUGCUCGUGCAGCAUAUAGAGAAGUUACUUAAAAACAGCGUGCAGCUCCAGGAGCGCUUGAGUUUGCUCCAGGUGAAGAGUGAUCUGCUCAUCUCAGUUUUUGGCCAAGAGAAAGCUGACGAUCUGUUGAAAGAGCUCAGCGGGGAUGUGAGGAAGAGAGAGUUACUCCACAGCCAGCUCCUAAAGCGCAAGAACCGCCUGCAGGGUUUGAUAUCAAAGACGAAGGACUUUUCAGAUGCCUAUGACUCCAUACACAAAAAACUAAGCUCCAUAAAGGAGCGGUUCAUCACGACAGAUGGACUUCAACCUGACAUUCUUGCCAAGAAGACCCAGGCCGACCAACUCCGGGUCAUUAGAAAGGACUUGGAAGAUUGUGAAGCCCAGAUCAUAGCUCUCGAGACGCUGGUUUCAUCCAACCCUGCAAACAGGACAAAGUUUGAACGUCUGUAUGCGGACUGGAAAUUGCUUUAUAAGGCGGUUCGGAUUAAGGUGAAUGAAAGUGAGGAGAACAUUGCAGAACAUGAGAGUUUCCAUGACAAUAUUCUGAAUAUGGAGAAGUGGUUAAUGAUCAUGAGACAGAAGCUCGAGUCGUUUCGUGGAUCAGAUGGGGAAUGGAGCAUCAAUAACCGCCAGCAUGAGGCUGAGAGGGCGCUAGGAGAAUUUCCAGAGAAGGAGCUUCAGCUUCAUCAGACAGAGGCUCAGGGUCAGAUUGUGCUGGCCAGAACUUCUGAUGAAGGCAAAGUUCACAUCCAGCAAGACCUUAAACGCCUCAGAGAGACCUGGAUGACCCUCCACACGCUUAGUCUCAAUCUUUACAGGCUUCUGAAUGAACAUGCAGCCACAGGCGACCAAGAUUCCCUAUUACAGAGAACCGAGUUCUUGGACAGAUGGGCAGAAGGGCAUCACCAGGGAACGGCUUCAAACUUUGAAGUGGGACUUGCCAAAGGAGAUGAGGGAACGGACCAGCAUCAGAGAUCCUACCAUGGAUCAGAAUCAACAGGCCACCCAGAACCAGAGAGGAACAUGGAAGCAAAUCCAGAUCGAAUUCGAAUUGUGCUUCCUGAGGGCAUCUCAAGACCAGGAGGUUCAGAGGUCUGGAGAAGAGAGUGGACUUACCAAGACCAGUCCAUGGAUGAUGAGGUGGAUGCAGUCAUAUCUGGAAGUGACUGUAAGGUGAACAGGAAGCGGACUGGGAUGGACGAAGGUGACGUGAUCAGCAGUGGUGGUUUGACUGGGGAAUGGGUUGAACAACACAAAGCUGGUUCUGGAAUUGAAGACCUGGAUAUAAAAGGUAGAGACAGCUUUUUAAGUGGGAUUGACUCUGAUGCACAGAAAAGGAUGCAGCCGUCACAGAACCCCCCUGAUGACAUUGAGAUGGGCUCUCGGGGGCCCCAGUAUCAUGCUGAUAUGGAGGCUCAGAGGAGGGAGUUUGAAGCGUGGCUUCACAAGGAAAAUGACAAACUCACAGGAAUUCUGAACAACCAAAGAUCCUUGAGUGCUAAAGAACUGAGGAUAAGACAGAAUACACUCAAGGGUUUACGUGCCAAUGUAGCUUGGGGUCAGAGUCAGUUCCAGAAGUUGAUGGUCGGUCGGCAGAGUAAGUCCGCAGAGGAGGACAUGGAACUAGAAGAGCUGCGUUACCGCUGGAUGUUAUACAAGUCCAAACUUAAAGAGGCUGGUGACCUCAGAGGUCUGCUGAAAAACAAGGGUGUCAGUGGACAAGGACAGGAGCAUGUCCGAUCUGGAAAGGGUGUCAGUGGACAAGGACAGGAGCAUGUCCGAUCUGGAAAGCUUUUUAUAGAACAGAUUUCUGUUGUUGUAUACUUCUGGGGAUCCUGCACCAGCCCAUCAACUUCCAUUGAGAUGAAUGACAGCCAGAGUUCAGGCCCGUCUGUCAUACUUGAGAGCUCAAAGCUGUCCCGUGCAGCCAGGCAGUGGCCUUUUGUGUUUAUGAGUGCUGGCUCUUUGGAGCUGGAAGACAGCCCCCUCAUUAAACCGACAUGGUCUGUGCAGAAAGAUGGAGAGGGCUGUGUUCUUGGCUGGGGCCCCUGGCCUGAAAUGCUUUAUAGUUAA